AUGGCAGAGGAGAGGAAGUUCUGCGUCGGGUACGCGCUCGCGGCGAAGAAGCAACGCAGCUUCAUCAGGGACUCGCUGGUGAGCCUCGCGAGAUCUCGUGGGAUAGACCUUGUCCGGGUCGACCCGAACCGGCCGCUGGCGGAUCAGGGUCCAUUCGAUUGCGUCCUCCACAAGCUCAAUGGUGACGAGUGGAAGCAGCAGUUGAGGGAGUUUACGGCGAAGUACCCGAAUGCCGUGGUCCUCGACUCGCCGGAAGCGAUCGAGAGGCUCCACAACCGGAUUUCCAUGCUGCAGGUGGUGUCGGAGCUGGAAACCGAUGACCGGAACGAGGUCUUCGGGAUUCCAAAGCAGAUUGUCAUAUACCACGAGGAAACUCUGUUCGAUUGCCGGAACUUGGAGACGCUGAAGUUUCCGGUUAUUGCGAAGCCGUUAGUGGCCGACGGUAGCGCCAAGUCACACAAAAUGGCGCUUGUUUUCAAGCAUGACGGUUUGAAAGAGCUGAAGCCGCCGAUUGUGCUGCAGGAGUUUGUAAACCAUGGCGGCGUAAUCUUCAAGGUGUACGUGGUUGGGGAGCACGUGAAGUGCGUGAAGAGGAAGUCCUUGCCGGAUGUUGAGGAGGACAAGUUGGCGGGGUUUUCGGCGGACUUGUUGGCGUUCUCGCAGGUGUCGAAUUUGGCCAUCCAUGAGAGGAUUGAUGAUAAGUACUAUAAGAUGAUGCAUUUGGAUGACGCCGAGAUGCCUCCCCUGAGCUUCAUUACCCACAUAGCUAUGGGUUUGAGGGAUGUGAUGAAGCUGAACCUAUUUAACUUCGACUUGAUUCGAGACUCUAGAUGUGGGAAUCGGUACCUUAUCAUUGAUAUCAAUUACUUCCCCGGGUAUGCCAAAAUGCCCGGUUAUGAGACUGUUUUGACAGACUUUUUCUGUGAUGUGUUGUGCAAGAAACAGGAAGGAGAUGCGGCAGGGAGUCCAAGCGAAAAGGACUGUUCUGAGACUACUGGUUUUGAUAGGUGUUCGAAUCUGAUGCACGGUUGUGACAAAGAUAUGAGAAAGAUUCUAAGCAAUACUUGUUGCGGUGAUGAGGAUGAGGGUAACCUUCAAGUCUCGCCUCUUGGCAUGGAAGAGAAAGAGUGUUCUGUUCAAGUAUGAAAAUCUGUAUUUGAAUAAGGUGUAUCUCAUUCUAUCAUACUAUCAUUAAUUGGUGCUUUUUUGGGUAACCAGAAUUUGCUUAGUGGACCCAUUAGCCAAUUGGUGGGUGGACAUGAAUUGCACAUUCUAUUUGGGUAGCAGUUGGUACAGUGGUCAAAUUAGUAGGUUGUUUGUGGGCCCCUUAACAUGUAUAUUCCAUCAGCCAUUGCUUUUAGAGAUAGUACUUCUCUCUUUUUUUUUUGAAGCUUAAGUUCAUGCUUAAGCUUUAGGUACUUCUCAAAUACCCUGAAGGUUUAGGACAUUUGUAUUUUGAAGCUU